UAAGUUUCCUCCAUUAUUAUUUUUUUCCCAAUACAAUAGACCACAUGGCACUGUCUUUAUUACCACAUGACCCUUCCUCCUUCCCUUCCUCUUGGGAUCCAAUGUGACAACCCCUCCCCCACACAUUCAUAGGGCCUGCCUAUAAAUUCAACUUGAUUUCAUUCCCAUUCCGUCACAUCCUCAAAUCCCAAUCUUCCCAAUAGAAAUUUACCCCAAAAAAAAAAAAGAAAGAAAAAAGAAAAGACAAAGAAAGGAGGGAAGAUAAAAGAUGUCUCUCUUCAAAAGACAAGGCAGUUACAGCAGUUCAUUUGGCUAUACCAAGAUUGACAAGGAAGACCCAGAAGAGGCAAUCCAUAGGAGGGCUCAGUUCUUGAUCUACAAGUCCAUGGAGGAGGCUGACUACAUCAACUCCCGGAGGAUACGGCCUUCCUUCUCGAAGAUGAGGUUCUCGAAGGUGAAGGUGAAGAUUGGAAACCGGUUGAGGAACCUCAGGAGGAGGAUGAUGCUGGCAAUCUCUGUGGCCGGGGCUGGGACUUACAGGCAGAUGGCGAGGCAGUUGAAGGCCUGCAGAAGACUGUUUGGGGCCAGGCAGGCCAAUACCCGGCUCCCCGCCCUGCUCAUUUGAAAACGUUGUCGACGAAGUUUUGGUUCUCUUUUCACUAUAUAUAUCAAUUCUUCCCCCACUCAUCCCCAAGAAUACGAUUGGGGGGCUGAGUGCGUGUGCUUUCUAUACAAAUGUUUUGUGGUAGCAGUUACUUUUCCUGGAAAAUGACGUCAAUUGAUUGUCAUACAUGCGGAACAUGUUAAUGUAGUAGACUAGUGCUCCAUUCAUUGCAAUGUCC